AUGUGUGAACCAGAUAUAGUCGAUGUGAGGAACAAGGUACAAAAGAAGUUUAAGACGAGAGGUUACACCAUCAAGGUCAAAGCCCUAACCAAGAUCCUCUCUUUCCUCAACCACUUCCAAGAUGCCAAAGAUGAAGCCCUAGAUCUCCACCUCGACGAGCUUCAGCACCAAUCUCUGAAAGCUUCAAUAUUGGACAAAGAACUUGUUCAUCAAAUGGUGAGCCUUCUAUGGGAAAUUGAAGUGGUUGCUGCAAUGGAAAGAACUCAUAGUAGUGAUACCCAGGUAUCUACGCUCCGUAUAAUUUGA